AUGACGACGAGAGCAGCGACGGGGGAGGAGGCAGGGUCUCGCACGGGGAGCGGUGUGGUGCGUGGAACUGGGCCAGCAGACAGCGCGCUGGGACGGUUGAUGAAGGAAAUUGAGCGGCCUCGGGCGUGGCCGGACGUUGGAGAGCGUGGCCAGCCAAGCGUCUCCGGCAUGCCGGGACACACGUGCGUUGCGGGGAAGGGGCCUCGUGGUUUCACCUUCAAACUUUGGAGACGAGCAGCAGGGCCAGCGUCCCUCGCGGCCCAAAUCGCGGCAAUCUUCGCCGUUCGCGACCACCGCGCUGCUGCCCGCGCCCGACGGGGCCCCCGUUUGCUGCCCUGCUGCGGCUCCCGCCGGCCACACGCGCCCACUACAGCCGUCCGGAUGGCCAGCGGCGCCGCCGUGUCAAGAGAUGAAGAGCAUACUGUAGCAGUCGCCGCGCGCACCCCGUCAUCGCCGCUCCCUGGAUCCAGUACCCCCGGCCAUGGAAGCGAGCGACCGCUGAAAUCGGGGGCCCUCAGCUGGCUCGGCGGCAGCGCUAGGGGCGUCCGUGGCGCAAUCCUCAGCAUCCUCAGCGUUCCACAACAGCUUCCGCGCUGUCGCGGGCCUGUGCCGGCCGGCCGAGAGACUCCCAUUCGUGCUUCGUCCGGCGCUUUGGGGGCUUCUGCCGCCUCGGAACCAACCACCACCGGUCCACGCACGUGGAGCGCCAGGGGCAAGCCCAGUCCGCCAAACUCUGUAAAGUGGGGCAUCUCAGAAUAUUCUACGCCCACUCGCGUGCUCACCGUCGGUGCGCCUUGGGCGACAGGCUCCGCUGCAUCUCCCAACUCUUCUGUCCGGGUGCUGGCACCCUGCUGUUCUAGUCGGCCUUCGUCGCAUGGAAUGACGGCUGGCGCCGUUGUCGUCGACGACGGCAGCAGGCGCUGGGGAUGCAUCGCCGGCGCAGGAGGAGCGCGAUAUGGCGCAACUCCCGGGACCAGCAGCGCCGCCAGACCAUCCCUGUGUCGACCCUGUGUGCGAAAUUCCUAUCAUUGUUGCUGGGCUGGGAUUUCCGCUUCAAACUCGCCCAAGCCGGUUCUGGCAGUCAUCCCUAGGGCCCGCUGCGCGAUAUCGUCUGUCUGCAUGCGAGGCGAAGGGCGAACUCUCGACAAAACAAUCGCGCGCCGCACACCCAUUCGGCGUCUGCUCGCAGGGCUGCUGAAAUCCCACUUCGUCCGCGCACAGGCAUUUGCUGGCGUGCUGAAAGUUAAAAUCCCCCAAGCAUCAAAUCGCGGACUGACAUUAGCAGAAAUUCGACCGGGACGCCCCCAGCCGACCAGGCUGCCUGCUCGCUGCCGCCGCAUCGCUAAGAAGCUUUCUACGCCCCUCGAGCAAGACGUUGGACGUUCUGCAUACCCGGGCAUCCGCUUGCUGCUCGUCGAGAACCUGGAGGAUUUGCAGCAGGCUCGAGAGCCGCAUGAGAGGGGCAGUGGGUGGGCACACAGGGGAGUGAUGCGGAUGGGAUCGGAGACGGGACACGCCCCGGCGCCGCGGUGGCCUCGUCAUGCACUUAGCGAUGGUGGUUCUUUUGCUUUUGACGGGAGGCUUGCGAUGACUUGGGACGGCUCGCCGUGUUGGUGGAGUGGUGAGUGGACCGUUCGAGCAAAGGUUGUGCCUCCGCGAUCUCAUCAGAGAGACGACGUCUGGUUCGGGUCAAGGUGGCCCCGUUAGAACCCGAGGAAAAGGACAUCCCCACGCCCAAUCACCUUGCGUAAGCGCCCUAUUCCGUAGAGGCGAUCACGCCGCUAGCUGGUGUCAGGACCUGGUAGGCCGUCGCUUGGUGUUGUGGCCCCUGCCCGCGCCCAUCUUACCAAAUUUCAACACUCCCAGGGUUCGCUCGAGUGUAGUAUUGACGAUGGAGUGGUGAGAUAUUGGCCGCUGGCACUUGCCACUUUUUGCACCGUCCAAUCCUCCGCACUGAGCAUCUACUGUAGAAGAACUACUCUGAUCAUGCGUCCGGGAUGCCCGCCAGCCGUUUUCCGCCACCGCAAAAUCCUUCGGUAGGCCUGGUCUGAGACGGAACGGGACAGAGAAGCUCUCGACGCAGUGUGGCACACAUGAAGACGGUGAGAGACGCCCACGUAU